UUCAACAAUGGCGGAUAGUUCGACCCAAAAGCUCCACGCAAUCUUAGUACCUUACCCUCUUCAAGGCCACGUAAUCCCGUCCGUCAACUUAGCCAUAAAGCUAGCAUCCAAAGGUUUCACCGUCACCUUCGUCAACACACAGUUCGUACACCACCAGACCGCCAAGGCUCACCCGGAGAUCGGUUCUGAUAUCUUCGCCACGGUCCGAGGAUCGGGCCUCGACAUAACGUACACCACGGUGUCAGACGGUCUCCCUCUCGGGUUCGACCGGUCGUUGAACCACGACCAGUUCAUGGCUUCAUUGUUGCAUAUUUUCUCGGCCCAUGUCGAUGAACUGAUCGGUCGGAUAGUUGAGUCGGGGGAGAAGAUUCAUUGCUUGAUUGCCGAUACUUUCUUCGUUUGGCCUUCGAAGAUUGCAAACAAGUUCGGGAUGCUUUAUGUGUCGUAUUGGACGGAACCGGCUUUGGUGUUUACGUUAUACUAUCACUUGGAUCUUCUCAAGAAAAAUGGUCACUUUGGCAAGAAAGAUCGUCGUGAAGACGCCAUAAACUACAUACCGGGAGUUGCAGCGGUUGAACCCAAGGACACGAUGUCUUACCUUCAAGAAACCGAUACAACAUCGGUUGUUCAUCAAAUCAUUUUCACUGCAUUCCAAGAUGUCAAAAAUGCAGAUUUUGUUCUAUGCAACACGGUUCAAGAACUUGAGCUCGAUACCAUAACAGCUCUACAUGCCAAAGUCCCGUUUUACGCAAUCGGACCUAUUUUCCCACCGGGAUUCACCAAGAGCCGUGCGGCUACAAGCCUCUGGCCCGAGUCUGACUGCACUCAAUGGCUCGACAAGAAGCCUCCCGGCUCGGUUUUGUACGUUUCUUUUGGUAGCUACGCCCACGUUACAAGAACCGAGCUUAUAGAGAUAGCUCAAGGGCUCGCCCUUAGCAAAGUGAGUUUCCUUUGGGUUCUUCGACCUGAUAUUGUGAGCUCCGAUGUGGUCGAUCCCUUGCCCUUUGGAUUCAGAGAGGAGGUGAACGACCGUGCGAUGAUCGUACCGUGGUGCUGUCAAAAUGCGGUGCUGGCUCACCCUGCAACCGGAGGGUUCUUAACGCAUUGCGGGUGGAAUUCGAUACUGGAGAGUACUUGGUGUGGGGUUCCAUUGCUGUGUUACCCUUUGUUAACUGAUCAAUUCACCAACAGGAAACUGGUGGUUGAUGAUUGGAAGAUGGGGAUUAAUUUGAGCAACACAACACCCAUUUCAAAGGAGCAAGUUUCGGAUAAUGUCAACCGGCUGAUGAGUGGACAAUCAGGGGAUCAUUAUAGGAACAAAGUAAAAGAGAUGAGGACAAUAUUGGAAACUGCAGUGUCAUCAGAGACCAACAUGGAUAUCUUCAUCAAGGAAGUCAAGGCCAAAUGUCAAAUCAGACAAUACUCUCUGUAA